AUGUCGGUCAAAUUCGAGCGGGACACGGUCCAAACCUUUCAAGAUGCGACCUCGAACGCCCUUCAGUCCUCAAGCGCCCUUCAGCCCUUCCAGCAGAUGGCUGCCGAACAGGGCGGCGUAGUCCAGAGGACCAUCAAGACCAUCACCGAGAAGAGCGUCGACCAGGCCAGCGAGGCCGCCGACCGCGCUGCUGAGCGCGCCGCUGCUCUCGCCGAAGGACCUGGCCCGAUCCGACGAGCCUUCGAAGGCGCUCCUCCUCUCCCCGGAACCAGUGGAAAGCACCCGAUGUCCGAGGCCCUGGGCACCGCCCUGACGGGAGGAAAGUCCAUGGCAGGCACCAAGGGCUACUUGGCGGCCUACAUCAAGGAGCUCGAGGCCAACCCUCUGCGCACCAAGAUGCUCACGGCUGGUUCCCUCGCCGGAGCUCAGGAGCUUCUCGCCUCGUGGCUGGCCAAGGACCGCAACAAGCAUGGCAACUACUUUACCUCUCGCGUCCCCAAGAUGGCCGCCUACGGAGCUUUGGUCAGCGCUCCUCUGGGCCACUUUCUCAUCUGGCUUCUCCAGAAGCUCUUCAAGGGUCGCGUUAGUCUGCGCGCCAAGAUUACGCAGAUUGUCGUCAGCAACCUGGUGAUUGCACCUAUCCAGAACAGCAUCUACCUGGUUGCCAUGGCUCUCAUUGCCGGCGCUCGAACAUUCCACCAGGUUCGCGCCACCGUCAAGGUCGGCUUCUGGAGAGUCAUGCGCAUCUCCUGGCUCACCUCCCCCAUCUGCCUGGCUUUCGCCCAGCAGUUCCUCCCUGACGAGCUCUGGGUCCCCUUCUUCAACUUGGUCUCUUUCGUCAUUGGUACCUACAUCAACACUCUCACCAAGAAGAAGCGUCUCGCAGCCCUGCGCAAGAAGCACUACGGUGACACUCGCGACGCCCGCGAGCGUGAUCCCCGCGACCCUCGCGACCCUCGCGACCCCCGUGAUAUCCGUGAUCCUCGUGAUCCUCGUGAUCCUCGCGACCCCCGUGAUAUCCGUGACAACCGCCCUCCUCAGAUGGGCCGCCCUGGUCCCGAGGACUAUCCUCCCCCUCCCCACAUGGGACCGAACCCAGGCCACAACCCUAACUACUAA